CUCUCAGCUGCAGGCAUGUCGUCGGCCGGCGUGGAGCUGCUGGGCCUGGUUCUGGCCGUGGCCGGCUGGCUGGGCGCGAUGGCGGCCUGCGGCCUGCCCAUGUGGCGCGUGGCCGCCUACGUGGGCCAGAACAUCGUCAUCUCGCAGGUGAUCUGGGAGGGCCUGUGGAUGAACUGCUCGGUGCAGAGCACGGGCCAGAUGCACUGCCGGGUGCACGACUCCCUGCUGGGGCUGCCGGCGGCGCUGCAGGCGGCCCGCGCGCUGGUGGUGGGCUCUGUGGCGCUGGGCGCGGCCGCCGUGGGCCUGGCGGUGGCCGGCGCCCAGUGCACCACCUGCGGCGGCGGCGGCGGCGGCGGGAAGCGGCGGCUGGCGGCGGCGGCCGGGCUGGGCUUCGCGGCGGCCGGGCUGCUGCUGCUGGCGGCCGUGUCCUGGACGGCCCACGCCAUCGUGCUGGACUUCCACGACCCGCUGCUGGAGGAGACGGCCAAGCGGGACUUUGGGAACGCGCUGUACUUCGGCUGGGCGUCGUCCUGCCUGCUGCUGCUGGGGGGAGCCCUGCUCUGCUGCCCGAGCCCGCGCGCGGCCGCCGCGGCGCCGGGCGGGGGCUCCGGGCGUCCGCGGGGGGACUACGCGGCUGCGAAGAGCACCUCGCUCAGCGGACACGGCAGGAGAGACUAUGUGUGGAGACCUGGGAGGGCCUGUGGACGAGCUGCGUGGAGCAGAGCACGGGCCCUCACCGUCACCUCCAUCCUGCUGGGCGUCCUGGGGGUCCUGGCGGCCGCCACAGGGGCCCGGUGCACCAACUGUGUGGAGGAGGAGGGGGCCAAGGCGCGGCUGGUGACCGCGGCGGGGGCCGCCUUCGUCUCGGCCUCUGUGGCCCAGCUCAUCCCCGUCUCAUGGUGCGCCCACAGCACCGUCCAGGGGUUCUACAGCCCGCUGGUGCCGGAGGCGCAGAAGCGGGAGCUGGGAGCCCUGCUCCUGGGCGGCGCCUCCUCUGCUGCAGCUGCCGCCCCAAAGGGCAGAGCAGCACUGGGCAACGGCAGCAUGUCUCUGGGGCUGGAGCUGAUCGGCAUCUCCCUGUGCAUCCUGGGAUGGAUCAUCGCCACCGUGGCGUGCGCCCUCCCCAUGUGGAGGGUCACGGCCUUCAUCGGCAGCAACAUCGUGACGGCGCAGAUCAUCUGGGAGGGCCUGUGGAUGACCUGCGUGGUGCAGAGCACGGGCCAGAUGCAGUGCAAGGUGUACGACUCCAUGCUGGCGCUGUCGCAGGACCUGCAGGCCGCCCGCGCCCUCACCGUCAUCUCCAUCCUGCUCGCCAUCAUGGCCGUGCUCGUCGCCGUCGCCGGCGCCAAGUGCACCAACUGCAUUGAGGACGAGGCGUCCAAGGCCAAGGUGAUGAUCAUCUCCGGGGUCUUCUUCAUGGUGUCGGGCGUCAUGCAGCUCAUCCCGGUCUCGUGGUCGGCCAACACCAUCAUCCGGGACUUCUACAACCCCACGCUGAACGACGCCCAGCGCCGGGAGCUGGGCGCCGCGCUCUACAUCGGCUGGGGCGCCGCCGCCCUGCUGCUGCUCGGCGGAGGCCUCCUCUGCUGCUCGUGUCCACCGCCAGAGAGCCGCUACGGCGCCACGCGGAUGGCUUACUCCGCCUCGCGCUCAGCGGGAGGUCCCGGGCUGGAGAGGAAGGACUACGUCUGAGAGGAGACCUGCAGCUCCCAGCUGCAACAAAGACUCCGCGAUGAAGGAUGCGUUGAAGUAGCUGAUUUUGAUGUUAAGUAUCUCUGAUCAGACGUGCUCUCGGAGACCGAACGGCUUUGAAGGUGAAAGUUAUCAUCAUGUUAAACCCACCUGCUUUUAUGUUGUCACGGCUCCUUGAUGUUGACCACUGAAUAUGAUUUUUUAAAUGUGCCCUCACGGCUUCAUGUGACCUCCUCACGACACAGCGCUGUGUUGAGGAUGAAGAAUCAGCUGCCUGUGAUGUUUGUGCUGUAAAUGCUGUAAUAUGUGUUUCCUUACUCACCUGUAACGUUGUGGUUGAAGCUGAAUCCAGCCACAGCCACGUCCUGUAGUACAAACUGCUGCAGUACAGUGUUUUUUAAAUAAACUUGUUUUUGUAAGUGGUU